GGCUAUGUUAUUUACAGCUUGUUGAAAGCUGUAACAGUCAUAGGACUCGAAACUGCAUCCCGUGGUAUGACUGAAGCUGACCUAGCGAAGCAAAUACUCUCCUGGGUCGAAUAUGGAUUGACUUCGGAUUAUCCAUUUGUUCGUGAGUCUGCGUUACAUGGCUUCAUUUACCUGAUGCAGUCCAUGACACUGGAUCCCCUCAAGCCUGUCGUUCAGAUGAUGUCUUCUAUCGACUACUCCAAUCUUAUUUGGUCCGCAUCAUUCCGAAUCAUGGAGGAACCUUUGCAAGUGUCAUUCAAGAACACUCUAAUUCAGCGAACUUGCGAGGCAUUCACUGUGAUGAAUAUUUCGCCACAUCUUCUCCCAGUAGUUACCAGUGGUAUUGAAGCGCUUGCGUUACAUAGCACCAGCUUUUUGCCACAAUUUCUUCAGUUAGUAAGCGGUUGUUUCAAAAUGUACGCGACAAUUUCCUCGACCUUUAUUUAUGCGUUGCGUAUUCUUAUCGUAUGUGUUUUCAAAGAAGAGUCUGAUCCUCGACGUGCCAGUGCCCAGAAAUUUGAACCGAUUCUUGAAGAACUAUACAAUGUGUACGUUUAA